AAGAGUGAAGACCCCACCAUGACCACACCCACCCCUACCUUCUUCGAUCAUCUCUCAACCCUUCCUUCCUCUGCUCCAUUUUUAUUCCUCUUCACCGCCACAAAAUUUCACUACCUCUUAAUUAUUUAUAUAUUAUCAAUCACAAUUCACACAUAUAUAUAAACCUCUCAUUCCCUUUCUCUUUGUCAUUUUCAGUUUUCACCCUCCGCCACUCUCUCUUCUCUCUCUCUCUUACAUGACUAUCAUCUUCCACCGAUGACUGUCAACGAUUACUGGGUGCGAGUUGCCAUGGCGGACGACGCCGUCGUCGCCGAGCUUCUGAUUCGCCUCAAACAGCAACGUGCUUCAACCAAAUCUCCGGUUAUGGCCGCUCUGCCGUUCUCCUGGGGGCAAAAACAGCCACGCUCAAGAUCGAGACUAACCGCUUCCGUCUCUCGCUGCGACGCUGCCGGCGCCGUUUCCACCAGAUGCAGUCCAACCACUCCUCUCUCAUGGAGCGGCGGCGCUUCUCCCUCCGCCACCGCCGAUGGUUACGAAGACUCCAGCCGCCACCACCACGCCUCCAGAUCCAAGGCUACUGCUACAAGUGGAUACACCGGCAACUCUGCCUCUGCCAAGAAGUGUAGAAAGAAGAAGACAUUUGCACAAUUACAGGAAGAGGAGACCUCCCUGCUGAAGGAAAGGGUAUGUUUAAAAAAGGAGAUAGCAACUACAAAAGCAAGUUUUGAAGCAGAGAGGGUUAAAAAUCAGAGUUUGAAGAGGAUGAAGCUUGAUGUAGGAUCAAAAUCUCAUGCCAAACCUAGUCCAGCAUCUGCUGCACUGAAGAGUACACUUGCUGGUCAACCCCACCAGAGAAUAGCCCCUGUGACACGUGUCACCCAGGAUGACACUCAUUCACAAGCAUCAGAAACCAGGCCAAACGGGAUGGAGUCAACAGGGGAUAGCUUUUUCUUGAUACCUGAUCUAAACAUGAUGCCCUCUGAUGAUGCUUCCUUCACUGUGGUAUGAAUUAGUUCAGAGACUUGAGACCUACCUGCUUGUUAUCAUCCUCCAGAAUGGAGGAGGACUCUUGGAACGGUUGGGGAAAAACAACUCUGAACAAUGUACAGGGCCAGAGAGAGCAUUUUGAAGGCUCUAAUCCAAUGGAAAACGUCCUGCAGGAGAAACAUCUCUUCAUGCUACUACCAAUUCUCAGUGAAAGGAUAAGAACUGGUGGUUGAUGGUAAUGGAAAUUGUUUCUCAAGUUAGUUCUAGCCUUUAGGCUUAGAGUAGAGAGAUAUAUCAACGUGAUUCCUCAUUCUGAAAUUGCUUUAGUUUUAAGGGGCUAAAAUAAAGCCUCUGAAUUUCUGAUUUGGGGAUUCUUCAAUCAUGUAAGAUGUAGAACCAUUCUUUUGUGGCUUAAAGCUCUUUUGGAUUCCUUUA